GCUGAAAUUAUUUCCGAAGAUUGUUAGGGUUCGUUUGGAGUUCUCAGAUCGGAAUUCUAAUUCUCCGAUUCACCAAUAUCAGUUUCUCAGAUUUGAUUUCGAGAGAAUGGCAGCAAUUUACAGCCUUUACAUCAUAAACAAAUCGGGUGGUUUGAUCUUCUACAAGGAUUAUGGUUCUAAGGGACGCAUGGAUACAAAUGAUAGCUUGAGAGUGGCAAGUUUAUGGCACUCGAUGCACGCGAUCUCUCAGCAGUUGUCGCCCACAACUGGUUGUUCGGGCAUUGAACUGCUUGAAGCUGACACAUUUGAUCUUCAUUGCUUUCAAUCUCUUACUGGAACGAAGUUCUUUGUGGUUUGUGAACCUGGGACACAGCACAUGGAGGCUCUGUUGAAAGUCAUCUAUGAACUGUACACAGAUUAUGUGUUGAAGAAUCCCUUCUAUGAGAUGGAAAUGCCUAUACGAUGUGAACUCUUUGACAUCAACUUGACACAGGCAAUUCAAAAGGAUCGUGUGGCGUUGUUGGGACGUUGAACCCACUCAACAUAACCAAAUUCAAAUUGUUCUUAUUUUGUUAUCUUCAUGUUUACAUCUCCGAUAUGAAAGGGUAUGAGCUACUUUUUACAGAUGUCUGGUUCAUGAUGGUGAAGCAUUUACAGGAUUGGAUUACUAUUAGUGUUGCCUUUUCGAUUACUAAAGACAAACUUCUUUAAUGAGUAGAGUUGCCUUCAUGUUCUAAAUGUUGUGUACAGAGCCAAGAUCAUGUUAUUGUCUAUUGCAUGGCUUUACAGGCAAUGGAGAUCCUUGUUUUUAAUGAUUCUGACAUUAAACAGUAUCAGCAACUAUGAUUUGCAUUUGAUAUUAAAUUCAAAGGAAAGAUUGUUGGUGUGCUAAAACUUGUGGUGCAACAGCCCAAAAAGAUACCCUGCUGCAGAGACUAGAAUU